AUGGACGAAUCAGAAUAUCUGGCCGGGAUCCUCUACCACCUUGGUCUCAGUCGUCUCCAAGACCCGGAUCACUGCUGCCCCGAGUGGCAGUAUUGCUUGCUCCUUAGACAAUCAUCUGGGGCAAACCCAGAUUUCUAUUGCGGGUGGGAGAACCAGAACACCGAGUCGGAGGGUGAAGAGAAUGAUACUGGCGUGCCGGAUGAUGUCGUGCAGAGAGCAGCUUACUAUACCGUGUCCGACGACAGCGAGGAAGAACAGGACGACAUUGAUGGCGACAGGUCAUCCUCUCCCCUCCCCACCCUCACCGAGACUGCGUCUGAUGUUGGCGCCGGGUCAAAUUCGGCACCUGUCUCUCCGAGUCGUGUCACGGCCAUGAAAACAAGAUAUAUCCUACCCAGCGCAGAAGUCACCAAAAAAAUCAUAAUCGUAUUUGAAGAGGACUCAGACAGCGAUGAUCCCAAUCAAGAAGACGAAGAGGACUUUAAUUUGGAAUGGGAGGACGAUGGACAGGGCUCUGCUUAUGACGACUCGGAUUGA